AUAAGCAUAAGACGCGUGCAGUUAGUAUAGGUUAUGGAAAGAAAAACCGUUGUAUGACCUAUAUGUUUCCGAUAUCAACAAUGUUCUGCUUUGAGCACAUUUCUCAGCGGUCUGGUAGUGUGUUUACGUCGGUCCCAGGCACAUUUUUAUUCGCUUUCGUGAGUUCGGAGUUGACGUCUGAGUGGAAUAUUUUUUAUAGAUAAAGAAUGAAGACUUGAAGAAAAUCAUUUUCCUCACUAUGUUUAGUUAUAAGCCACAUAAAGGGUUUCUAAUGACAGUUCCAGACGUAAUAUUUCUCUUCUUCUUCAUAAUAUCAUAUUCAUCUGCAGUUCAUUAUGGAUUAAAUCCUAGUAGGUCCGAGUUCAAAUGGAUAUGUUCAAAUGGAAAAACUAGGUGUACAAGGGUUGAGGCUGAUUAUCCAAGUACAGAAACGUUCUCGUCGGUUGAACUAUGUCGUUUGGCUUGUGGAGACGCUUCAGCUCUUUGGCCUCAACCUUACCACAUUUCCAUCAAGAAUAGAGGGCUUAUAGUUAUAAAUCCUGAGGCUAUAGCCAUACGUACCAAUCCCACAUUCGAAAAUGUAAUGAGCAGAGAUGUCAUUGAAGUUUUCAAGGACAAUCUACGCAAAGAAUACAACAAUUGCCUGAGCCAUAUGGAAACCAAAUUGAUCCUGAACAUCAAUUGGUCUUCAAAUAUCAGUAUUUUGGAUUGGAACACCGAUGAAAGUUACCACCUUGAAGUAAAAACCCAAAGUGAAACAGCAGUUCAGAUCAAUAUCAAUGGAAAAAACAUAUUUGGGGUAAGACACGCCUUAGAAACCUUAUCUCAGUUGAUGACAUCCUAUCCAGAAAACGAUAACUCUACCUGUUUGGCAUUACUGAGAAGUGUGUUGAUCGAUGAUAAACCAAUAUAUUCCCAUAGGGGACUUCUUUUGGAUUCUUCUAGGAAUUACUUAUCCAUUGCAACUAUCAAAAAGCACAUUGAAGCAAUGGCGGCUUCCAAAAUGAAUUUUCUUCAUUGGCAUAUCACCGAUUCCCAUAGUUUUCCCAUGGAAACACCAUCGAUACCCAACAUGACAGUAUAUGGUGCUUAUUCCCGAUCAAAGACAUACAAAUACCGUGACAUCAAGAACCUCAUUUACUACGGUCUGGUGAGGGGUGUGAGAAUCAUUUUGGAAUUAGAUGCACCUUCCCACGCAGGCUACGGAUGGCAAUGGGGACCUGAAGCUGGUCUUGGUAACCUAACAGUGUGUCUCAAUCAGCAACCUUGGCGGCAAGCUUGCAUCCAACCUCCUUGUGGCCAACUAAACCCUGCAAAUCAAAAUGUUUAUGAUGUGUUGGAAAAGAUAUAUAGGGAUAUGGUGGGGUUGAUGCCAUGGAGCAGAAUUUUCCAUAUGGGUGGAGACGAGGUGUUCAUACCUUGCUGGAAUAACACUGAAGAAAUUGUGAAAUAUAUCAGUGGAAGAGGAAGAUCAACACAAGUUUUUUACGAUUUAUGGGGUGAAUUCCAAGAGGAGGCCUUGAAGAGAUAUGAUAAGGCUGUUGGCAAUAAGAAUUCAAAAAUAAUCAUUUGGACUAGUCAAUUAACCGAUCCAUUUUACAUAAGCAGAUACUUCAACAAAGAUCGAUAUGUGAUACAAACUUGGGUGCCCGAUACCGACAAUCUUCCCGAAAUUCUUCUUCAGAAAGGAUUCAAUCUGAUAAUUUCCACCAAAAAUGCAUGGUAUCUGGAUCACGGAUUUUGGGGCACCACCAAAUACUACGACUGGCGCACAGUUUAUGAAAAUCAAAUUUUGCUUGAUCCAGGUGUACUCGGUGGAGAGGUAUGCAUGUGGGGCGAAUACGUUGAUGACAACGGAGUAAUAGGAAGAACAUGGCCAAGAGCUGCAGCAGCUGCAGAACGUCUAUGGUCCAACCCUAUGUCUUCGUCGAAAGAAGUUGAAGGAAGAUUUUAUAGGCAUAGGGAAAGACUAAUAACCAGAGGAAUCGCUGCAGAUGCUGUUAUUCCUCGAUGGUGCUAUUACAACGAAGGGCAGUGUUGACCGUUAUUGUUCCUACACUCUGUGAUGCUUCAAUUUUGAUAAAAGUAUUUUAGAUGCAAUUAGCAUAAUUAAGAGAAAUAAACUUAUAUUCUUCUAGUCUUUAAAUAUUGAGGUCAUUAAAAUAUUCUUUGAAAUUAAAUAAAUUACUGAAGUAAUGAAA